AUGCAGAGCCCUUCGAUUCUCUGUUGUUCUUCAAAUUCCCUUUCUCUCUCGUUUCAUUUCCCAAUUUCUCCGCCAUCUGCACUUGUUACAGGAAAACCGACCAAUUCCGCCCCCAAUUUCUCGCAUUCAAGCAAAUUACCAUUCUUCUCUUCUCUCCCUACACGCCCAAUAUCUCGCUUCGCGAUUCAGUCUACUGUUUCCGCUGCUGAAGAGCUUGUGGAGGCUACUUCGUCUGCUUCAACUCUUAUCGAGACCGGGUACAUUUUUGGUGUUCAUGGCUUCCAUGGAGAGGUUCGAGUGAAAACGAGCACCGAUUUUCCCGAUCUGCGAUUUUCCAAGCCAGGAACAAGAUGGUUGAAGCAGCAAGUUUCGGGAACCGAGACUCUUCAAGAAAUUGAACUGGUGGAGGGCAGAGGCCACCCUGGACAAAGUUGGAUUGUGAGGUUUAAUAACAUCGAUACGUCGGAACAGGCACAAAAACUUGUGGGGUCAACUAUAUUGGUGACCGAUGAAGAUAGACCUAUCCUAGAGGAAGGCGAAUUCUAUACUCAGGACCUUAUUGGAAUGAAACUUAUUCUUAAGGAAUCGGGGGAACCAGUAGGAACUGUUGUCAAUGUUUUCAAUAGUGGAGCAAAUGAUCUUCUGCGAGUCAAGCUUAACUCAUCGAGAAGCACUACUGAACAGAUUGGAAAAUCGGAAACCGGGUCAGGGGAUUCGGGUCCACUAAUAUGGGUUCCAUUUGUUGAAGCAAUUGUUCCAACAGUUGAUCUUGAAAAGAGAGAAAUGUUGAUUACACCUCCAAAGGGGCUCUUGGAGUUAAAUAUCCGCUCUGACGACAGGACCAAAAAGGAGAGACGCGAGCUUGAAUGGAAAGAAAGAAAGAAGUUGCAAAGACGAUUGAUAGCAGCCAAAAAGAAACUAGUUGAAAUGGAACAGCAACACGUGUUUCAUGGGUUAAGGUAUGGAGAGAAAGACCAAAGGAGCUUGCUUGCAGAUCAAAUAGUUACUCUAAAUUCCAAGCUGCUUCAACAUGCUAUGCAAAAUAUUGCGAUCCCAUCUACAAGGCCAAAUUUGCUCGACAUUUUGAACGAUGUGCCGAGAUCGAAUACUUUAAGAGUAUCCAAUAGUACAAGCUCUACUGGAACCGGGAAAGUGUCUGAUUCAUAUCUUAAAGUGCAAAAAGAAGGCUGCCUUUUGACUUGUAAAGGCAAAGUCGCGUUAGUUUUAGUACUGGAUGACAUUGAGAUUGAAAAGACUUCGGAGGAAAAUGAGAAUGCAUAUCUGCUUGUAAAAGCAUUACUAGAUAAUCAUCGGAGUUCUGCUAAGAUCGAAGAUCGCUCAAUUGUGCCUCUGAUUUUGGUUAGUUCUGCUGGUGCUGUCAGUUCUCUGCAAAACUUGUUCUUGGAGCACGACUACCUAGGAUUUGAUCCCGAAAAGGUCUGGUUUUUGGAAGAAGAGAAGCUUCCUCUUGUUAGUAGCUUGCUUGACGUACAAGGCAAGCAUAAAAUACUAAUGAAGUCGCCAUGGGAAUUCCUCCGAAGACCAAUCGGAUCCGGAGGGGUUAUUACCUUACUUUCGUCACACGAGUCAUUAUUAGAUCAAUUAAGUGAAACGGGCGUCGAGUACAUUGAGAUUUCGAAAAUCAAUAAAAGUCGGGAAGAUGAGUACAGCCUUGUUGGGCUUGUUGAAUCUUGCAAAUCGAAUAUGGGAAUUCGUUUGUUUAAAGAUAUGUCAUCGGAAGAAGAUUUUGAAGUGGUGUUCUCAAUGAGUUUCUUGAGGAAGUUAGUGAAACAGACGAACAAGCUUCAGUUCCGAGCUGUUCUUAGUUGUAGUUCGUACGUUGAGUUGGUCGAGAAGGAUUGGGUUGAUGUGGUCCCCACAUCUCCCAAUUGUUACGAGUUUUGUUCUUCGAUUUAUUGGUGUUUGGAUGCUACUCCUGUCAACAAGGUUUGUGUAUUGGAUGCUACAGAUUAAUGCUUAGACUGAAGUGUUUAGAAAUGCAUUUUAUUACACUAGACAGAGAUUAACUUCUUAUAUGUAUAUAUAGCUGGUCCAGUUUGGAAAUGGGCCUGUGGCUUUAGGGGCUAAAGUGGGCCAAACCUAAAUAUAUUGGACUAAGAAACAAUUGCUAUAAACACAUUUUUUUUAAUA